AUGUGGCUCUAUGUUCAUAGCUUUUUAGCCCUGGCUUGUCAGGUAUCAGGUGUAGCGAUUUCGCUGAUCGAUAGUGAUCCAGGACAAAAAGUAACACCCGUCGCUACUACGACCGGUGUUACAUUGUCCCCCAAAUCUGCAUGGACAACGCUACGAACCACUGUUUAUCGAUCUCGAACCAUAUAUCCCAUUUCCACGACCUCCAGUUUUUCUUCAAGGGAAACCUCAUCCACAGGUAGCAGUGUCAGUGCCAGUGUCAGUGCCAGUGUCAGUAUUGCGUUUUCUUCUUCUUCUUCUUCGUCCUUGUCACAGUUUCAAUCGCAGGUUCUGCACGAGCACAAUGCCUAUCGCAGACUGCACAAUGCUCCGGAUCUGCAGUGGUCUUCGACGCUUCAAAACUUCGCUGCAAACUACGCAAACAGAUACAACUGCAACGGCACACUGAUCCACUCCAAUUCGCCCUACGGCGAAAACCUGGCACUUGGUUUCAACACCUCAAGCGCAGUUGCUGCCUGGUACAACGAAUUCAAGCUCUAUAACUACAACAAGCCCGGAUUUUCAGAGAAAACAGGUCAUUUUACCCAACUCGUGUGGAAAUCGACAACGCAAAUGGGAUGCGCAUAUGUGGAUUGUGGCGAUUACUACGGUCAAUACACUAUAUGCAAUUACGACCCUCCAGGAAACGUAGCUGGUCAGUACCAACUGAACGUGCUGGAAAGUUAG